AUAGAUACAGAUAUAUAUCGUGCCACCACUCACUUUUCUUUUAAUCAUUCAAUCACCACCAUGGAAACAUGGUUCAUCAUCAUCUUAUCUUUUUGCAUAGCAGCGAUAAUCAAACCACUUUUUUUCACCAAGAGCCAUAGCAAGAAGAAGCUACCACCAGGUCCAUCUUUACUUUCCUCAAACUUUAUUCUUUUAACUAACUCACUUUCAGCACUUGAACCAAUUCUAAAAAAAUUUAAAGCCAAGUAUGGCCCACUAAUCACUCUUUCCAUUGGUUCUCGCCCUUCUAUAUUUGUGAGCGAGCAUGAACUCGCCCACCAAAUACUUAUCCAGAAAGGGGCGGUCUUUUCUGACCGCCCCAGGACUUUUGCAGUCCGUAAUAUAUCGUCUUCCUCUUAUGGCCCAACAUGGAGGCUCCUUAGACGCAACCUUGCGUCUGAGGUCCUUCACCCUUCACGUGUGAAGUCGUAUACAUGGGCUCGAAAGUGGGUGCUUCAUAUCUUGAUUAAUAGGUUAAGAAAACAUGAACAUGAGGAAGCUGGUGGGGUUAAGGUAAUCGAACAUUUUACGUAUGGAAUGUUUUGUUUGUUGGUUUUUAUGUGUUUUGGUGAAAAGUUUGAUGAGACUAGGAUUAAUGAGAUUGCGAGUGCACAACGUAGAUUUUUGUUGUUGAUUGGGUCGGGCCGGUUUAAUAUACUAGGUGUGUUUCCUAGGUUAGGGAAGAUUUUGUUUAGGAAUAGAUGGAAGGAGUUAUUGCAAAUGAGGAAUAAUCAAGAACAGACAUUGCUUCCACUCAUUAAAGCACGAAUUGAGUCGGUUAAACCUGAAUCGCGAGAAGAGAGUAUUGUGGCGUAUGUUGAUACACUUGUGAAUUUGCAGCUUCCUGAAGGAGAAGGUAGUAAUGAAAACAACGGAAAGUUGACAGAUAAAGAGAUGGUUAGUAUGUGUAGUGAGUUUCUUAAUGCUGGGACGGAUACUACUUCUACUGCGUUACAAUGGAUUAUGGCGAAUCUUGUUAAGCAUCCCGAGAUACAAAGCAAGUUGUAUGAGGAAAUUGUUGGAGUUGUUGGACCGCCACCAAGGGGAGAGGAAGAAUCGGUUAUAAAUGAAGAGGAUUUACAAAAAAUGCCUUAUUUGAAAGCGGUGAUUUUGGAAGGGUUAAGGAGACACCCACCGGGCCAUUUUGUGCUGCCUCAUAGGGUCAUGAAGGAGGUGGAGGUUCAAGGAUAUGUGUUUCCACAAGGUGCGACUAUAAAUUUCAUGGUGGCUGAGAUGGGGUUAGAUUCAAAGGUCUGGGAUGAUCCUAUGGAGUUUAAGCCAGAGAGGUUUUUGGCGAAUGAGGGUAGUAAUGGUGUGUUUGAUAUAAGCGGAAGUAAAGGGAUUAAAAUGAUGCCUUUUGGUGCUGGAAGAAGGAUAUGUCCUGGCUCGGAUUUGGCCCUGCUUCAUUUGGAGUAUUUUGUUGCUAACUUGAUUUGGUAUUUCGAAUGGAGUGCUCCUGAUGGGUCUAAUGUUGAUCUUUCUGAGAAGGUUGAGUUCACGAUUGUCAUGAAGAAUCCUCUGCAGGCGAAAAUCUCUUCAAGGUCCGAAAAGUUAACCAUUUGAGUUCAUACAUAUAUAAGUAGGUCUACAAUGUAAAUAAAUAGCUUGCUUGAAUAUGCAUGUUUGAACUAGUUUGUGUUUCAAUUAGUGUUUGUUUUUAUUUUUUUAUAAAUAAGGUAUAACUAAUGUA